UUUUUUUAUUCAUUUAUUUAUUUCCUCUCGUUCUGGAUCUUAUUUGAACCAUUUCUCCCACUCGCUCGCUCACUCAGCUCUCCACUCCAAUACCCACUUCUCCCAGUAACGGCGAUUUGCGCUGAUAGAUUCGCAGGCGAAACGCGCAAUUUGGCUCUAAUCGCUUCUUCUACUUUUAUGUUUAUGCGCCAUUUGUGCCUUAAAGCUUUCUUUCCUCUCUCCUCUUUCUUGUUCUUCUUCUUUUGGCACAUUUGAACAAUUAUCUCCCCCCCCCCCGUCCAUCUGUUAUUUAUUAGCAGAGUUUGGAUUCACUUUAUUAAACCUGAAAGAGCAAUUUUUGCUCAAGUGUUUAUCGGGUGUUGCGUGACUUUUAAAUCCCAGGGAAAGCCCUCCGUUUUUAAAAGAACAGAGUGACUGAAAUGUGAGUUUGUUCUCCCUAAAAAAGCGCAAAAAACUAAAAAAUUAUUGUUUUGAAGUUUAAUUAAAAGAAGUGGAUUUUUUUUUAAAUAUUUUGCUUACAUCGGAGAGGAGGGGGUAGAGAGCGGGCUGUGAAACUUUCCUGAUUUUAAAUAAGAAGAAUUCCGCUUCUCGUCCUCAGCCCUGAUCUCUGAGCCGAUCAGCUGAAAAUCUAAAUUAGACGGACACGGAUCUCCCCCCCACCCUCCACCUCACCGCUCCUCUCCUCUCCUUCCUUUCCCCUAUUUCUCCCAUUUUUUCUUUCCUCCUCUCUCUCUUUGAAACGAUCUGUCCCUCCGAUCCAACACGCAUUUUCAGCUUCUCGUCCGGGGCGCAAGUGGAUGUGGAUCACUCUCACACCCCUCCUCCUCCCCCUUCUACUACUUCACCACCACCACCACCACUACCUCCUCCUUCCCUUCACCCCAACUCACAUUGUUGGUGCUGGUGUGUGUGUCUGUGUGUGUUUUCAGAUCUCAAGCUGAAAUCAAGGAAUCGAGUCCAUGCGAGCUGCCAUCUGAUCCCACACACACACUUAUCAAUGAAGCAGGAGAUCAUGGCGGAUGGCCCCAGGUGUAAGAGGCGAAAACAAGCCAACCCGAGACGGAAAAACGCUCUCAACUACGAGAAUGUGGUGGAGACCGGAUCAGAGACGGAGGAGGAAGACAAGCUGCCAGUGUCUGAGGAAGACCCUCUGAUCAACGGAACCGGCAGCCCGGCCAGCCUCACCAACCCUGAGGUCUCGCCACGUAUCGAGGGACACGGCCUGCUGAACAAGGACGACGAUGACGACGAGAUGAGGGACAGCGGCGUGGAGCACAUUUGGCCCGACAAUGACAUGCUGAGUGCUUCCGUGGACGGUACUGAUGAAAUAAAAGAUGAUUUUGACACCCUGGGGCCUGAUACCACUUUGCAGACAGUUGGAAACGGUACAGUCAAGAGCGUCGAUUGCACUUCAGAGUUGGAGGACUUCUUUGCCAAGCGGAAGCUGGAUGACAGCGACAGCCACGUGGUGAGCAUUGCCGAGUACCUGCAGCGGGGCGACACCGCCAUCAUCUACCCGGAAGCCCCCGAGGAGCUGUCCCGCCUGGGCACACCGGAAGCCACUGGACCGGAGGAGAACGACCUGCCACCUGGAACGCCAGAUGCCUUCGCCCAACUGUUGACCUGCCCCUACUGCGACCGGGGCUACAAGCGUUUGACAUCGCUAAAGGAGCACAUCAAGUACCGCCAUGAGAAGAACGAGGAGAACUUCGCCUGCCCCCUGUGCAACUACACGUUUGCUUACCGCACUCAGCUUGAGCGGCAUAUGGCCACACACAAGCCUGCAAGGGAUCAGCACCAACUGCUCAACCAAGCGGCCGGCAACCGCAAGUUCAAAUGCACCGAGUGCGGCAAGGCCUUCAAAUACAAGCACCAUCUGAAGGAACACCUCCGGAUUCAUAGCGGUGAAAAACCUUAUGAGUGCCCCAACUGCAAGAAGCGCUUCUCUCACUCGGGCUCCUACAGUUCCCACAUCAGCAGCAAAAAGUGUAUUGGCUUGAUUGCAGUCAAUGGCAGGAUGCGCAGCAACAUGAAGACAGGCUCCUCCCCUACCUCUGCCUCCGCCUCCCCCACUAACACUGCCAUCACCCAGCUGCGACAAAAGCUUGAGAACGGAAAGCCACUCAGCCUCGCCGAGCACAACAACCACCUGAACAUCAAGACGGAGCCGCUGGACUUCGACUACAAGCUGAUGAUGGCUUCUCAUGGAUUUGCCGCUCCUGGGCCUUUCAUGAAUGGAGGAGUGGGGGGAAACAGCCCACUUGGGAUCCACCACAACUCGGCCCAGAGCCCCUUGCAGCAUCUUGGGAUGGCCGGACUUGAAGCACAGCUCCUGAGCUACCCGGGUCCACUGGGGAAUAAUCUGAGCGAAGUACAGAAGGUUCUCCAGAUCGUGGACAACACUGUGUGCAGGCAGAAAAUGGACUGCAAGCCAGAAGAGCUCUCCAAGCUCAAAGCCCACAUGAAGGAGCUGGGAUCCCAGAUAGAGGAGCAGAAACAAGCGCUGACAACGGCUCAGGUCGGUCUUCCACUUGUUAAUCACAAUGGCGCCACCAAAAGCAUCAUCGACUACACAUUAGAAAAAGUGAACGAAGCCAAAGCCUGCCUCCAGAGCUUGACUACAGACUCAAAGAGACAGAUUAGCAAUAUCAAACGAGAGAAACCCAACCACAUGCUUGAAGGAGGUGUGGAUGAGAAGGUGCAGGAAAACAACAUGUUUACACCUUACGCUUGCCAAUACUGCAAAGAAACCUUCCCCGGGCCAAUACCUUUGCAUCAGCACGAACGCUACCUGUGUAAAAUGAACGAGGAGAUCAAAGCUGUGCUGCAGCCCAGUGAGAAUUUGAUGCCCAAUAAACCAGGGAUAUUCAUGGAGAAGAACACUCACUUACCCUCCUCCAUGUUGUCUGAGAAGGUACUCACUGGGCCUCUUAACCCUUACAGGGACCACAUGUCUGUGUUGAAGGCAUACUCUGCCAUGAACAUGGAGCCCAACUCGGAGGAGCUGCUCAAGAUUUCCAUAGCGGUCGGUCUUCCUCAGGAAUUUGUCAAGGAGUGGUUUGAGCAGCGAAAGAUGUACGAGUACGGCACUAACAGGACCCCACCACUAGAGCACAGGAACAACAUGGAUAUGGUUGUCGGAACAAAUAACCACCACACUCCACCAAAAGACUCUUUGGCAGCUAGGUCGCCACUGUCUCUAAUCAAACCUACUGACCGCAUCACAUCACCCUCCAUAGCAGAGCUCCAUAACAACGUGAACAACUGUGACAACUCGCUCAGACAUUUGAAAAACCACCAGUUCAGCGGCAGCCAAACCAAACCCACAGGUGAAAAGUUGGACCACUCCCGCAGCAACACCCCUUCCCCGCUAAAUCUGUCCUCCACUUCUUCCAAAAACUCUCACAGCAGCUCCUACACUCCAAACAGCUUGACUUCAGAAGACCUGCAGGCUGAGCCGCUGGACCUGUCUCUGCCGAGACUCAUGAAGGAACCCAAGCAUGCACUGACUGUCAAAAGCAGACCUAAAGUCAACAGUAUUACCAUUGACCAUAACAGCAUCCCUUCUCCCCGAGAGCACUUCGAAGAGCCUUUGAACUUGGCCUAUCUCAAAAAGGAUUUCUCAGGCUCUACCAACAAUGGAAACUUAGAAAAAAGCACUAGCCCCAUCUUCGGCAUUAACCCGUUUGCGGCCAAACCCUUGUACACGUCGCUUCCACCUCAGAGCGCUUUCCCACCCGCCACAUUCAUGCCCCCGAUGCAGGCCAGCAUACCAGGUCUUAGGCCCUAUCCGGGCAUGGAUCAAAUGGGCUUCCUACCACACAUGGCCUACACUUAUGCAGCAGGGGCAGCUACCCUUGCCGAGAUGCAGCAGAGGAGAAAGUACCAGCGGAAACCAGGUUUCCAGGGGGACCUGCUCGACGGUACACCAGAUUACAUGUCAGGGCUGGACGACAUGACAGACCCCGACUCCUGUCUGUCGCGGAAGAAGAUUAAGAAGACCGAAAGUGGCAAGAGGCCGCACCAGUGCCAGAUCUGCAAGAAAGCCUUCAAACACAAACACCAUCUCAUCGAGCACUCCAGACUGCACUCGGGGGAGAAACCUUACCAAUGCGACAAGUGCGGGAAGAGGUUCUCGCACUCGGGCUCAUACUCGCAGCACAUGAACCACCGCUACUCCUACUGCAAGCGUGAGGCCGAGGAGCGGGAGGCCGCAGAGAGGGAGGCCCGCGAGAAGGGCCACCUGGAGCCCACCGAGCUGCUCAUGAGCAGGGCGUACUUGCAGGGCAUGACUCCUCAGGGUUACCCAGAGCUGGCGGAGCGAGAGGCUAUUCUGAGGCAUGACGUGGUGAACGGAGGGAUCAGAGAUGCAGGGCGAAAGGAAGUGGAUGGAACGUACGCAAAGAUUGGACGGAGGGACGACGAGUUUGAGGAGGAGGAGGAGGAGAGCAAGAGCAUGGACACGGACCCGGACACGUUGAGGGACGAGGAGGAGAACGGAGAGCACUCGAUGGACGAUAGCUCGCUGGACGGCAAAACGGAAACCAAAUCGGAUCACGAGGACGCGAUGGAGGAUGGCGUGUAAUCGGCGGCGACACUUCAGAAGCUUCCCAUCUUUAGAAGUUUAAAAAAAGAAAAACUAAUGAAAAAAAAAAACAAAAGAAAAGAAAAGAAAAAAAGUUUUUAAGUUUCUCUCUUUUCGGUUCAAGUAUUCUUACCUGCUCGGUUUAAAACGCCGUGUUUUAAGCUGUACGUGCACGUGCCUGAAGCUUCCGGGAAGCUUGACGGACUCCUCAACGUGGACUCAAAUAUCAAUCCGGAAGAGGAGGAGGAGGAAGAAGGAGGCAUUGAAGGGGGGAGGGGGAGGCUUGGGUUUGUGAAAUAAGCUGCAUUAUGCAAACCGAACAAUGAAUAAAUGAAUACAUUUCAAAAAAUGUACAGUACUAAGGCCUAAAAAUAUGUGUGGUGCUAACCUCCUCAAAUAAAAACCCCUGUGUUCCAUAGUAUUUAUAGCACAACUAGUGACUUGUACAAAUUGCACUCCGCUUCUAUAAUCAUGAACAAAAAUAAUAAAAAGUAUUGCCUAUGUAUAUAUUUAUACAGUGUUGGAAAAAGAGCAGUAGUAUCUGCACUACUACAGUCCUUCAGUAUUACCUUUGUUAUCACCAACCUACCUACGGUGUCGUCUUUAGUUUUCAUCUCCAGCCACACUGUUUUAGGCCUCUUGAAUCAAAUGAAGGAAUUAAAAUUCAAAGACUGUGUGAAGGAGCUUUCCCCCCCCGUUUAUUUUUUUGUUUGUUUUUUUAUUAUUUUUUUUAAAAGAGACCUUCAUUUUAAGGGAAAAUACAGUUUUACGGACAGAUGUUGUUUUUUGGGGAGGGUCAAAAAAAAAAGAAGGACGAAGCCUUUGUAAGGUGUUUUUGAUAAGAAAAAAGAAGCCUUAUAUGCAAACCUUUUAACCUGUGUGUUUUCUGCAAGUGCCACCCUCGUAUUGUGUAAAAGGAAGGUUACUUUUUUUCACCAGCUUCAGUAUUGAUGAAAUGGUUCACCGUUGUUCUUUGAAGCACCCGUGUCAGUAUUAUAGGCAGCAGUUCCUUAGUUUACAUUAUGUUGUGCAAUGUUUUCUCACCUCUUUUCUUUGUCAGUAUUACACCAAACCAUUUUUUCCUCUUUUUUUUUU